AAGAGGUAGCUCAGAGAGCGGAGAGGGAGGGAGGUGUGCAACAGUUUCCUGUAGUUGCAUGCUCAGCUCUGAAACUUCCUCUGUCAGAGAGAAGAGGCGACGCUGAGCAGAACAGGAUGCAGGCUAUCAAGUGUGUGGUCGUAGGAGAUGGUGCUGUGGGUAAAACAUGUCUCCUCAUCAGCUACACAACCAAUGCAUUCCCCGGGGAAUACAUUCCUACUGUCUUUGACAACUACUCAGCUAAUGUGAUGGUGGACAGCAAGCCAGUGAACCUGGGACUCUGGGAUACAGCAGGACAGGAAGAUUACGACAGGCUCCGCCCACUCUCCUACCCACAGACGGAUGUUUUCCUGAUCUGUUUCUCCCUGGUGAGCCCGGCCUCCUACGAGAACGUCAGAGCUAAGUGGUACCCCGAGGUCCGCCACCACUGCCCCUCCACGCCCAUCAUCCUGGUAGGCACCAAGCUGGAUCUGAGAGACGAGAAGGAGACCAUCGAGAAGCUGAAAGAGAAAAAGCUGGCGCCCAUCACCUACCCACAAGGCCUUGCCCUGGCUAAAGAGAUAGAUGCAGUAAAGUACCUGGAAUGCUCCGCUUUGACUCAGCGAGGUCUGAAAACUGUGUUUGAUGAGGCCAUCCGUGCUGUGCUCUGCCCACAGCCUGCCAAGGUCAAGAAGAAGCCCUGCUCACUGCUUUAAAGUUUCAGGACCAGAGGAGAUAAGGAAGACAUUCAGCCUGAUCACCUUGUACCCCAAGAAGAUUUCUACAUUUGUUUGCCGCUAACUUAAACACGUUCUUUGUACUGAUAGAUAAAAUAAUGAUAAGCGGGUUUUGUGCUCACACGUCGAAGCCUGUUCAGACUGAGAAUGAAUAAUUUCAUUACAUGCAAAGCAUAGGCAACCCACCCCAGUUUGCACACUGUUAGUUCUCCCUGUUAGCUCAGAUGUUACCUAUUAGCUUCAUUUCUUACAUAUUUCAAGUGAUGAUAAUGUUUUUUGUUGCUAAGAGAAAACCGCGUUUGCAUAAAAUGUGCAUCAAGUGAGAUUAAAAGCUAUAAUUAUGAUCAUAAAGGAAAAUUUUAUAUGAACAAAAGUUUAAAAAUGUAUUAGAAUAAAGUUUGAGAACAAGUGUAUCAUUUGCUAUAUCGAAAUAAAGCUGCAAUUUUA